AUGGCCACCCCCGAUGUGAGUGUCCACAUGGAGGAGGUGGUGGUGGUGACGACGCCUGACACGGCGGCGGAUGGCAGUGGUGUGGAGGAGGUGAAGACUGUGCUGGUCACCACCAACCUUGCCCCGCACGGCGGUGACCUGACGGAGGACAACAUGGAGACGGAAAAUGCCGCGGCGGCUGCUGCAGCGGCGUUCACAGCAUCCUCGCAGCUCAAGGAGGCCGUGUUAGUGAAGAUGGCUGAAGAAGAGGAGAGCCUGGAGGCAGAGAUCGUGUACCCCAUCACCUGCGGGGACAGCAGGGCCAACCUGAUCUGGAGGAAGUUUGUAUGCCCCGGCAUCAAUGUGAAGUGUGUGCAGUACGAUGAGCACGUCAUCAGCCCAAAGGAGUUUGUGCACCUGGCCGGCAAGUCCACCCUGAAGGACUGGAAGCGAGCCAUCCGGAUGAACGGCAUCAUGCUUAGGAAGAUCAUGGACUCUGGGGAGCUGGACUUCUACCAGCAUGACAGGGUCUGCUCCAACACCUGCCGCAGCACCAAGAUCGACCUCUCUGGGGCGCGCGCGUCCCUGGGCAGCCCCACGCCCACCGAGUACAUCCCGCUCACGCCGGCCACCGCUGAUGUGAAUGGGGCUCCUGCAACCAUCACCAUCGAGACCUGCGAGGACCCAGGGGACUGGACCACAGCUGUUGGAGAUGAUACAUUCGCCUUCUGGCGGGGGCUGAAGGACGCAGGCCUGCUGGAUGAGGUCAUACAAGAGUUCCACCAGGAGCUGGUGGAAACCAUGAAGGGCCUGCAGCAGCGGGUGCAGGACCCGCCCCUGCAGCUCCGAGACGCCGUCCUCCUCAACAACAUUGUACAAAACUUCGGCAUGCUGGACCUGGUGAAGAAGGUGCUGGCCAGCCACAAGUGUCAGAUGGACCGUUCUCGGGAGCAGUAUGCCCGCGACCUGGCAGCCCUGGAGCAGCAGUGUGACGAGCACCGCCGGCGGGCCAAAGAGCUCAAGCACAAGUCACAACACCUCAGCAACGUGCUUAUGACGCUCACGCCGGUCUCCCUGCCGCCCCCUGUCAAGCGGCCGCGGCUCGCGAGGGCCACGUCCGGGCCGGCCGCCAUCGCCUCGCAGGUGCUCGCCCAGUCUGCCCAGAUCGCCCUGACCCCCGGCGUGCCCGUCUCCCAGUUCACCAGUGUGCCGCUGGGCAAAGUGGUGUCCACCCUGCCCUCCCCCGUGCUGGGCAAGGCUGCGCCCCAGGCCGCUCCAGCCAGCUCCCCCGCCUCGCCGCUGCUUGGCGGCUACACGGUGCUGGCCUCCUCCGGCACCACCUUCCCCAACACGGUGGAGAUCCACCCGGACACGUCCAGCCUCACGGUCCUGAGCACGGCCGCCAUGCAGGACGGCAGCACUGUGGUCAAGGUGGUGAGCCCAUUGCAGCUGCUCACCUUGCCCGGCCUGGGCCCCACCCUGCAGAACGUGGCCCAGGUGUCGCCCGGGGGCAGCACCAUCGUGACGGUGCCCACGGGGACUGUCGAGAGUGCCGUGGCUGCCCCGGGACCUGAGGAGCACACAGCCACCAUCGAGGUGGCCACCAUGGCGGAGGGCCAUGAGCACAAGUAG